AUGGCCACAAAACAGAUCAACAUGGGAGUUCUCGCUCUUCAAGGUGCCUUUCUCGAGCACAUCAACAUGCUCACUGGAAUUCCCGAGGUUACAUCUGUCAUUACCGUCAGAACUGCUGAGGAACUUAACUCGGUCGAUGCUCUUAUUAUUCCCGGUGGUGAGUCUACCGCUAUGGCUUUGAUUGCCGAGCGUUGCAACAUGCUUGAACCUCUGCGUGCCUUUGUCCGUGCAAAGCCCACCUGGGGUACCUGUGCUGGCAUGAUCAUGCUUGCUGACGAGGCCACUGGUGCAAAGAAGGGUGGUCAACAAUUGCUGGGUGGUCUCGACAUUUGCGUGAACCGUAACCAGUUUGGCACCCAAAAGGAAUCUUUUGAGACCAUGCUUCAUCUUCCCGAGAUCUUGGGUGAAGAGCUCUUUAGCGCAGUCUUCAUUCGUGCCCCUGUUAUUUCCCAGAUCAAAUCCGACAAGGUCAAGGUUGUCGGCCGCCUCGAGCGCCAGAUUGGAGAAACCAAGGCAGAGACAAUUGUUGCCGUCCGUCAGGAACACCUUUUUGCCACCGCAUUCCACCCUGAACUUACACGAGACAACAGACUCCAUCAGUUCUUUGUAUCCAUGGCCCUUACUUACAAGCAGUAG